AUGCCUCCCAAGCGCGUUUCGUACAACUCCCGCCGGUCCCUGAACCCCAUCACCGGCGCGUACAACGCCCUCUUUGUCUCGGAGAACGCUUCCAUUGUGCGUAGCGUUGUCGCCUUUGGCCUGGCUGUGACCUUCCUCGCCAGCGGUUGGGCUGAGGCCAUUCUCUCGUGCGUUCCCUCCCCCCUUGUUAGUUCCCGGCAACAGCAACCCCCGUUGACUGACCUACAGAAGCCCUGCGUAAACGGCUUGAUCUGA